UGCAGUCAAAAAUAUUUUCACAAUGCUUCGCCUAGUUUCUCUAGGCGCAACCGCCCGUCGCUUUCAAUCCACCGCCAUCGUUUCCUACCGCCACUGCUCCACCGUCUCCGGCGGCCCUCAACUCCUGGGAGCCCUCGAAUCCCAAAUCAAAGCCAAAGAGUUGAAUGUAAUGAAAAAAAGAUCCGUCCCGGCCGAUCUCCCGUUCACGAUCCAAGACGACGAAAAGCACUGCCACGUCAUGCUGACAAGGGAGCUGGGCCGGGAAAAAAUCGAGGUCACUGUGAACCCGGUCUACAACACCGACGGCGAUGAGAAAUCAGAGGAAUGUGUUCGGAUUAACGUGUCUAUCUCUAAAGAAAAUAAGGGAAAACUGGGGUUGGGAGCUAAUGUUUGUGGUGAUGAAAUUUUGGUGGAUAAAAUAUCAUUUUGUGAGCCAAAUAGCUACGUUUCGUCUCUGAGAUUGGAGGGUGUGGAGAGCAAGAGUGAAUUGCAGGAUGCUUUGAAUGAUUUUGUGAAAGCUAGAGGCAUUGAGAUAUCGAGUGUUGGAUUCUUGUACAAAUAUAUGGUGUUGAAACGCAAACGCUGGGGUAAAACUCCCAACCCUACCAACAAGCCUAAGGUUGAUGACCUCAAAAAAUUGCAUGAAUUUGUUCACAAUUGGUAGACUUUUUAUUAAUCUGUUUUCUGCAUUUGGAUUUAUU